AUGCCUUUAGCAGACUCCUCUCCCGCGGCCCCCAUGGCCACUGAUAUUAGCCGGAAGGACCGGGAGAUCGCUCGUCUCUCACAUGAGGUGACAACGCUAACGCUCACUGUCAUGCAUCUGCAGUCAGACAUCGAUGUCCGAGACGCCCAGAUUAGAACUUUGAAGAGCUCGUCCGGGGGCUCCUCCACUGACGAUGAGGUCAAGGAGCUUAUGGAGCUCCUUGGUGGGCUUCAGCAAGAGACCCAGCUUCUGAGACAGCAACUGGCUCAAAAGGAUGCAUUGGUAGAUGCUCUCAGUGCAAAGGUGGAGGGCCGGGUGAUAGACUUCGUAGCCGUUGUGAAAGAGAAAGACCUAGAGAUUGCAGAGCUGCAUGCAGAUCUCUCAAGACUUCGGGCAGACCACAUACGGACUAAGCGGACACAAGACGGGACAGGCUCCGGGGCCAAAACCCCAACUACACCUGUUUCUAUUAAGCGGUCCUCACUUAGAGAGUCCUUUGGCAAUACGCUUGAGUUCAAUAAGCUGAACGAUGAUCUCGCUAGCCGAGACGAGGAAAUAGCGCAGUUGACAACCAGUGUUGCUCGAUACCGACGUGAGCUAGAGGAGAUUCAGGCAGCAGACGAUAGCAAAGCCAGAGAGCUCCUGGAAAAAGAUCGCGAAAUUGAGGCCUUCAAGCAAUCGAUAGAGAUCAUGGCCAAUGAUUUGGAUCGUAAAUCUACCGAGAUUGCAAAGCUUACAGAGCAGUGCAAGACUUUAGAGGCUGAAUUGGUGAAGCUCUCGGAGGCGACGCAGAAUAAUUUGCGAUCGUCCAGAACCCUCGAGGGUAAGGUUGAGGAGUUAGAAGAGCUGAACAUGAACCUAGAUUUACAACUCUCGCAGGCCAAAGAUGAUUAUGCAUCCAUGAAUUCUUCGAUUACUGCAGAGCUCACACAGAGGUGUAGCGAGCUAGAGCUUCUCAGAAAAGAGGUAGACUCUCUUAAGGAGAUUAACAAAACACAGGCUAGUGAAGUCGACACUCUUCUAAGUGACACUAGCGUCUUGCGGAAGAACAACGAGCAGCUGCAAUUGAAGUUGAGAGAUUCACUCACAAGACUUGAUUCUCAACAGGAUCAUAUUGCAGCGAUUAGCGCAGAAAAGCAAGCAAGUGAUGAAGAAAUGGCCCUAGUAAAAGCCCAGCUGAACAGUCUUCAAGCCCAAGAAAUAGACAAUAGAAACGAAAUUACCAGUCUUUCCUCUUCGUUAAACAAAAAAGACGAGCAAAUAGCGGUACUUCAAAAACAGGUCGAGGUAAUACCAAGCCUUCUAGCAGAGAAGGAAGGCCUGGCCCUUGACCUACGAAAAUCCACAGAUUCACUAAAGGCGGCCACUGACACUAUUGAUCGUCUCACAGAGGAACUUGUUGACAAAAAGAAUAAGAUUUGUGCAUACAAACAUGAUAAUGAAUCAAUGUUUGAGGAUCUUAGAAUGCGCAAUAACUCUAUGGCCCAACUCCAAAAUGACCUCAAGAGGCUCAGCGAGAGCGCGUCCCAGCGCGAGGCAGACCUGGCCGAACAAGCUCAGAAGCUUAAGGCCGCACUGUCUGAUGGAGAGCAUCUGACUUGCAUCAACAUAGGACUCACAGAGGACCUCCAAGCCAAAACAGAACAGGUGGAAAAACUAGAAAAUAAUCUGACUGCUGAGAAAGCUAUAACAUUAGAAAAGAGUCAAGAGUUGGAAAGGGUCUCUGCGCUGCUUGAUCAACGAGAGCAUGAUCUGGAGGUUGCAGCAGAAACGAUUUCCACCAUGAAGAGUACCACUGAUUCACUAGAAAAGAAGGCUAAUGGCCACGAGACCAGAGUUCUUGAGCUUACUGUCGAAAAUGACAGGCUAAUGCGGGAACUGACGGAGUGUAGAGGAACAUUAGAACAAGCAGAGCAACAGAUUCGUGAAUUGGAGAUUGCACAAGCGGCUAAGCAUGAAAAGAUAGACACACUUGAGAAGGAGUUGCAGCGCUCUACGGAGCUAUAUUCAAGCAAGGAUGCUGAGCUUUUGCACGCUAGCCAGCGCCUUUCUUCACUCGAGGAAGAAAACAAGGCACUGGAAGCUACAGCCAAGGACUCGUUAAAUCAGGUGGCAGCAAAAACCGAGCAGCUCGACGCCUUACAACGUAGUGUGGCCGAGUAUGAUCGGAGCGCACGCGAAAGGGACUUAGAACUAGAAGCUUUAAAGAAUGAAGCAGAGGUGUCCAGCACCAGGCUGGCGAGCUUAUUGGCUCAAGAGAACAGCAACAAUGACCUUAUCGAGGGGCUCAAAAGGCAGGUCAAUGAGUUCAGCAACAAGCUUCUGGAAGCCAAGCAGGCACAACAGGAGUCCUCUCGACGCUGUGCUGAGCUAGAGACAGACUACUAUACCCUACAAUGUUCACUAGAGGAAAAGCAGGCCAGCCUCCAAUUAGAGACAGAAAAGUGUACGAACAUGGCCCACAAACUCUCGGAGGCCACUUACUUAGCAGAAAAGUACGAGGGGGAGAAGGCCCAGCUUAUCUCCCAAUUGCAGCAGACCCGAGAAGACCUUAAGGAGGCCGAGAAGGAAGCUGAAUUGGUGAGAACCAACCUUAAAGAGAAAAUAACAGAGUGUGAUGGCCUUGCAGUCAAACUGUCACUUCUAGAAGACGAGCACGAGGUUCUCAAGGUCAACUAUGCCCGUGAUAAGGGUGAGCUUAAGGAAAAGGAAAGGCAAAUGGAGGACCUUGAGAAUGAGCUACUGGUCGCUGAGGACAAUGUUCGAGAGCUCACAAACGAAAUGGAUGAGAUGCGGCGCCAGCUUGAAAGUGUCCUCCAUGAAAAGCAGCUACAGGAGGUCGAAGUUAAUAGAGUCACUAAUACCCUCAACGUGACAACUGAUACGAUGAAAAAGCAAUCUGCGGAACGAACCUUGCUUAUGGAGAAACUCCGAUUGAAAGAGGAGGAAUACCGUAUACCACAAGAAUCGCUGAUCAAGAUGGCGUUCUAUCUCCGUGAAAAAGGCGAUGAAGUAACCAAGUUAAACGAAUUGUUAGCCGAAAAACAGAAAACUAUAGAUGACCUUUUGUUACGAAUAGAAACGACAAACGAUCCUGCAAUUGCUUAA